GACGACAGCUACAGCUUCAGAGGAAGCGGCUGCGGAGGAGGAAGGCGAGGAGCCGGAGAAGGCGGGAGCCACUGGCGGGAUUCUCGCCAUGGGUCCGCGGACCUAGAACGGUGGAAGGUUCCGGCCGGGAGCCGAGCUGGCGGCUACUUCUUCCGUGGUCCCCAUGGCUGAGGACUGGCUGGACUGCCCAGCUCUGGGCCCUGGCUGGAAGCGCCGUGAGGUUUUUCGCAAGUCAGGUGCCACCUGUGGACGCUCAGACACCUACUACCAGAGCCCCACAGGAGACAGAAUCCGAAGCAAAGUUGAGCUGACCCGAUACCUGGGCCCUGCAUGUGAUCUCACCCUCUUCGACUUCAAACAAGGCGUCCUGUGCUAUCCAUCCUCCAAGGCCCACUCCUUGGCCAUCACCAGCAGGAAGCGGAAGAAGCCUUCAAAGCCAGCCAAGGCUCGGAAGUGUCAGGUUGGACCUCAGAAGAGUGAAGUCAGGAAGGAGGCACCAAGGGAUGACACCAAGGCUGACACUGACACAGUCCCAGCUUCACUUCCUGCCCCUGGGUGCUGUGAGAACUGUGGAAUCAGCUUUUCAGGAGAUGGCACCCGAAGGCAGCGGCUUAAGACUUUGUGCAAGGACUGCCGAGCACAGAGGAUCGCUUUCAAUCGGGAGCAGAGGAUGUUUAAGCGUGUGGGCUGCGGGGAGUGUACGGCCUGCCAGGUAAAGGAAGAUUGUGGGGCCUGCUCCACCUGCCUCCUGCAGUUGCCCCAUGAUGUGGCCUCGGGGCUGUUCUGCAAGUGUGAGCGAAGACGGUGCCUCCGCAUUGUGGAAAGGAGCCGAGGGUGUGGAGUGUGCCGGGGCUGUCAGACCCGAGAGGACUGUGGCCGCUGUCGAGUCUGCCUUCGCCCUCCCCGCCCUGGGCUCCGGCGCCAGUGGAAGUGCGUCCAGCGGCGCUGCCUCCGGCACCUUGCUCACCGUCUCCGUCGCCACCAUCAGCGAUGUCAACGACGCCCUCCCCUCGCUGUGGCUCCCCCUGCUGGUAAACACGGCCGCCGUAGGGGAGGCUGCGACUCCAAGGUGGUGGCCCGGCGGCGUCCACCCCGAGCCCAGUCACCGCCUCCACCUCCCCCACCGCAGCCUCCAGAGUCUCCGGAGCUGCACCCCAGAGCCCUGGCCCCCUCGCCUCCUGCUGAAUUCAUCUAUUACUGUGUAGACGAGGACGAGCUACAGCCUUACACAAACCGUCGGCAGAACCGCAAGUGUGGGGCCUGUGCAGCCUGCCUGAGGCGGACGGACUGUGGCCACUGUGACUUCUGCUGUGACAAGCCCAAGUUUGGGGGCAGCAACCAGAAGCGCCAGAAGUGUCGUUGGCGCCAGUGCCUGCAGUUUGCUAUGAAGCGGCUUCUGCCAAGUGUCUGGGCAGGGUCCGAGGAUGGGGCAUCGCCGCCCCCAGCUCACCCUCAUCGAAAGAGGCCUGGCUCUACUCGAAGGCCUCAUCUGGGUCAGACCCUGAAGCCUCCCUUGGCCACACCGGCAGCUCAACCAGACCGAGCCCAAACUCCAGUGAAGGAGGAAGCAGGCAGUGGCUUUGUGCUGCCCCCACCUGGCACUGACCUUGUGUUCUUACGGGAGGGCGCAAGCAGUCCCGUGCAGGUUCCUGGCCCAGCCCCGGCUUCCACAGAAACUCGGUUGCAGGUGAAGCAAGAGAAGGCGGAUGCCCAGGAAGACUGGACACCGGGCACAGCCAUCCUGACUUCUCCUGUAUUGCUGCCUGGCUGCCCCAGCAAGGCAGUAGACCCAGGCCUGCCAUCAGUGAAGCAAGAGCCACCUGACCCUGAGGAGGAGAAGGACGACAACAAGGCUGACUCCACCUCUGACUUGGCCCCAGAGGAGGAGGCAGGAGGGGCUGGCACGCCCGUGAUCACGGAGAUUUUCAGCCUGGGUGGAACCCGCCUCCGGGACACAGCAGUCUGGUUGCCAAGCCCCCCGAAGCGCAACCAGACCUGUGCAUCUCACAAGCUCGUCCCGCCGAUAGCUGUGGUUGGGGAACCGCGGCGGACACCGUCCCCAAUCCGAGGAAGCUCCAAAAUGUACAGCCAGCGGUUUGGCAUCGUACAGAGAGAGGUUAAGGGGCCCACUCCCAAAGUGGUGAUCGUGAGAGCCAAGCCUCCCAAAGUCCAAGGAGCUGAGCAUCAUCUGGAAAGAAUCCAACACAGUCAUCAGAAACAUCAUGCUCUCUUGGCCUCCAUUAAGUCAAUCGAGCGGGAUCGCUUGAAAACUGAGUGGGAGCAGCACAAUGACCGCAAGUUUGUGGACAGUCUUGUGAAAGCAAGAGUCAAGGAUGCCGUGCAAGGGUUUAUCAUCAACACUGAAGAAAGACGGAAUAAGUUACGUGAACUUUUAGCAUCAGAAGAAAAUGAGUAUUUUACUGAAAUGCAAUUGAAAGAAGAAACAAUUGAGGAGAAAAAAGAUAGAAUGAGAGAUAAAAUAAGAUUAUUAAGAGAGAAGAAAGAAAAAGAGAGACAGGAUUUUGUGGCUGAAAAGCUAGACCAGCAAUUCAGGGAACGCUGCCAGGAGCUACGCGCUGAGCUGUUUUGUAUCCAUCAGAAGGCGGUGUGCGAGGAUCGGAAAGCACAGAUAGCGUUUAACGAGGAGCUGAAAAGGCAGAAGGUGGUGGAAGAGCAGAUGUUCUCAAAGCUCUGGGAGGAAGACCGCCUGGCCAAAGAAAGGCGAGAGGCUAAGGAGGAGAGGAGGCAGAAGGAGCUCGUGGAGAACACGCGCCUGGGGCUAAACGCCCAGGUCACUAGCAUCCAGGCGCAAAGGCAGGCCGCGCAGUGGCUGAGGGAGGAAGAGGCACGCCUUGUGGAAAAUGAAAAUGCACAGGUGAAACUUGAGAAUGAACAGGAUAAGCUAAAGAAACAGAAGACAAAACAGGAAAUAAGGGUUGCUUUGCAAAAAGCCCUCCAAGAGAAGAUGGAGCGUAUGCAGCAGGAAUACAGAGAAGAGCAGGAUUUGAACAUGAAGCUCAUGCAAAAUGCCCUUCAAAAUUUACAGGAUGAGACCGAUAAAAAGAAGCAAAAAAAAGAGGAUAUGAGAAGAGAACAGAAGAUAUAUUAUCAGUACUUGGCACAGCGACAUGAGGAAGAAAAAGCUCAGGAGAAAGAAUUGGAUAGAAUGUUAGAGAAAGAGAAGGAAAAGAAGUUUGCUGAGAAGGACAAAGAGCUGAGACUUGAAAAGGAGGCAAGAAAACAACUUCUGAAUGAAGUCAUGUGUACAAGAAAACUUCAAGUUCAAGAAAAGUUGCAACGGAAAGCAAAAGAACAGGAAGAACGUACUAUGGAACAGGAACGUAUAAAUGAAGGUCUUAGAGAGCUUAACUGUGAAGAGAGGGAGAAUUUUACAAGACGCUGCAGUUUAGCUCAGGAGUACAGGAAGCAACUUCAGAUGCAGAUAUGCUCCCAGCAGCAGGCCCGGGAAGCAGAAAAGGAAGAGGAGCGCCGAGAGUUUGAAGCGGGGAUAGCAGCAGAGAAGAACUUCCAGGCCAAGAUCCAGGAGAUCCUGUCCACCCACCCAGUGGUGCCCCGAAACAUCCAUCCCAUGCGAAGGGCAUGUCCUACUAAGCUUCCGCCAUAGUUGCAUAAGCACCAA